GUCGAACUCCUCAGUCUCGGCCGUGAUGCACACCCGCGCCGUCCCCAGGUUCGCAUUGUUGUAGAUGAAGCCGGAUGCCCCGGGCGCGUUGAUGGAUAUCGAAGCCAUGGUCAUUGGGCCUGAUCCUUGUUAUUGUGUUGUGAUUCUCGAAAUCAGUAGUUGUAAUGUCUCUCUCGAAAUCGAGGGCAAUGCGAAAACAAAAAGAAGGUCUGACAGCUGUCUCCCUCCCCCUCCGUGCCAUGGACCAGGAUCUACAACAUUUUAUGGAGUGGUGGACGCCUACGUCACUGCCUGCCCUCCAUCCCGUUCCCGUUCCGCAUACGUCAUUGCCGCCCGGGAAGCCAGGAUCAGCUGAUGGUCAGGCCUAUAUGAGAUUGGUAGCCCAGUUGUUAGUCGCCCACUCCAGUCUGCCAGUUCCUUCGAAAGAGCUCGGAGCGUUUGGAUGCUUUUCCUGGUUUGUGGCAUGUUGUUAUAGAUGUGUUGUUUUUUUGUUGAAGGAUGGUUCCGAACGGUCGAGCAUUCCUUGGGAAUGGCGAAACUCAAAUGGUGGUCGGGGUGGGAAUGGUGCACCCUCAGGCAGCGAUGGAGAGUGCCUGGAUCGGCUGCAUCGGGCUUAGGCCUGUUGGGAGCUGUCGCUGUCAUCGGCCUCGCUCCGAUUGCCGGAUUGGGUUGUAUACUUGGCUUACUACUUAGUAGUGGCCUGGGGCUGGGCCUC